AUCCAACAUUAUUAUUUGAUCAAUCAAAGAUUCAAGGUUGUCCUUCUGCACAUUCUUGGAUAAACUCAUGGCGUCGAACGCUCCAAAUCUAGAGUGUAGAAUGUACGAAGCGCCAUAUCCAGAAGUAGAUACGGCAGUGAUGAUUCAAGUGAAAAACAUAGAAGAAGAUAUGGGUGUUUAUGUCUCCCUUCUCGAAUACAAUAACAUCGAGGGUAUGAUCUUAUUCAGUGAGCUUUCACGAACACGUAUUCGAAGUGUUAGUAGUUUGAUAAAAGUUGGAAGACAAGAACCAGUUAUGGUACUUAGGGUUGAUAAAGAUAAAGGUUAUGUCGAUUUAAGUAAAACAAGAGUUAAUGAAUAUGAUAUCGCUACUUGUGGGGAAAGAUACAGUAAGAGUAAACUUGUUCAUUCUAUUCUGAGGCAUGUUGCUGAGACUAUGCAACUCGAUUUGGAGGAUCUGUAUAUCCAUGUUGGCUGGCCUCUAUAUCGAAAAUAUGGGCAUGCCUAUGAGGCCUUCAGGUUAAUCGUGGCUGAUCCUGAUACCAUUCUUAAUUCCCUCACACGUAAAGUUAGUGAAGUCGGCCCUGAUGGACAAGAGCUGAUGCCUAAACUGGAACCUGCUCUGACUGUGGAAGUUAAAGAUGCUUUGAUUGAAAACAUCACAAAGGAGGUUAAAGAUGCUUUGAUUAAAAACAUCAAAAAGCAUAUAGUCCUACAGACAACGAUCCGUGCACAUAUUGAAAUGAUAUGCUUUCAUUUUGAUGGGGUUCUAUAUAUCAAGGAAGCGAUGAGGAAAGCUGAAGAAACUGGUAAUGAUGAUUGUCCAGUUAAAAUGAAACUGGUGGUGCCUCCUCUCUAUGUUCUGACGACUCAGACCCUUGACAUGGAACAAGGCAUAAUGGUUCUUACUAAUGCAAUCCAAGCUUGCACAGAAGCAAUAGAUAGCCACAAGGGAAAAUUGGUAGUAAAGGAGGCACCAAGAGCGGAUCUUUCUAUGGAGCAUGGUGCAUCCCAGGAGUAGCUGAAACUGAAGAACAGGCAGAGGUUAUUGCAGCUUGGGAGGAAAUCAAAUGGGCGAAAAGGAAACACAUUCAAAAGCUGUGUUUGGAGGGAGAUUGUUUGAAUGUGGUUAUGGCCAUAAAUGGAAAUCUAGGAUCUGUUAGAUGGAUUAAUAACCCGAUUUUCAUGAAUUGGAAGGAACUAUUAGGAAAUUUUAGUAGUUGGGUCUGUGUUCAUGUUCCAAGAGACACAAAUGAAAUAGCCCAUUGUUUGGCUAAAAAAGCUAGGACUAGAAGUCUUUCUUUGUUUUGGGGAAGUGAUUCUCCUUUAUGGUUGAAAACUCUCGUUAUAGAGAAAUUGUUUGUAUCUCACCGUUAAGUUUGAACUAUGAUUUUGGGCAUACCAAAAUCUUC